GACGUUCGAGUCGUAGACGCUAUGGGAUGUAGCUGACAGGAGAAACACGUUUCAUUAAACAUUGAAUUCAAACAAAUAGGCGCCGGACAGAAGCUUGAAUCAAUGAAAAGAUGUUGGAGUCCUACGUCACACCGCUCUUGAUGAGCUAUGUGAACAAGUACAUAAAGAACCUGAAGCCAUCUGACCUGCAGCUUUCUUUAUGGGGAGGGGAUGUGGUGCUCAGCAAGUUGGACCUGAAGCUGGAUGUGCUGGAGCAGGAGUUGAAGCUGCCAUUCACAUUCAUGAGUGGCCAUAUCCAUGAGCUACGUAUCCAUGUACCCUGGACCAAGCUGGGCUCAGAGCCUGUGGUUAUCACCAUCAACACCAUGGAGUGCAUCCUCAAGCUAAAAGAUGGCGCACAGGAUGACCAUGACAGCUGCUCCAGUUCCACCAGCCGCAGUGUCUCAGACAGCUCCAAGUCUGCAACCAAGCCCCGCCGUCUGCAACAAGCAGCCCCCAGCGACCCAGACCUACCACCAGGUUAUGUGCAGAGUCUAAUCAGACGUGUGGUGAACAACGUGAACAUCGUGGUGAACAACCUCAUUCUUAAAUAUGUUGAAGAUGACAUUGUACUUUCGGUCAACAUCACCUCAGCAGAGUGCUACACUGUGGACGAAAUAUGGGAGCGGGCUUUCAUGGACAUAACCGCUCCAGAGCUGGUCCUGAGAAAAGUUAUAAACUUUGCUGACUGCACUGUGUGCUUGGACAAGAGGAACGCUAGUGGCAAGAUUGAGUUCUACCAAGAUCCCCUUUUAUACAAAUGCUCCUUCAGAACACGCCUCCAUUUUACUUAUGACAACAUCAGCUCCAAGAUCCCCUCGGUCAUCAAAAUUCACACAAUGGUGGAGAGCCUGAAAUUAUCCAUUACUGACCAGCAAUUGCCCAUGUUUAUCCGAAUCUUGGAGCUGAUCAUUGCUCUUUACUAUGGAGAAAUAGGACACAAAGAGAGUGAGGGUGAAGAAGGCAUCGGUCAUGUUAGGGAAGGCGGAGCAAGUUCACCUGGCACUGAUGUUGAAAUGGAAAGUUUGGGAUCUAGUCCUUAUUCCAGCCAGGACCUCUACAUGGAGACUGGAAGUCCUGAAGAUGGAGAUCCAGGGUUGGGUGUCCUGGGCAUGGUCCUUUGUCCUGCCAUUGUCGGCGCAGAGGAAGAAGGGGAGGGAGGCCUCUACAGCCAGGGGGAAACAGAAGGCAUUUCCAACAACCCUCAGCAGCACACAACUAAAGACCCGAUUGUUUCUAUCGGCUUCUACUGCACUAAAGCUUCCAUCACCUUCAAGCUGACGGAUACACAGUCAGAGAGCAGCUACUACAGCCCGCAGAAAGUCAAGUCUAGAGAGGUUCUCUGCUUGGAGCAAGAGGGAAUCACUAUUGAGGUGCUCAUGAUGGGGGAACCCUUCUUUAACUGUCAGAUUGGCUUUGUCGGCUGCCGGGCAUUGUGCCUCAAAGGCAUCAUGGGAGUUCGAGACUUUGAAGAAAAUCUGAACAGACGUGAAGAGGAUGCAGUUUUCUUCAGCUGUGGGGACAACCUGAAAAGUAAAGGAAUGACUUACCUUACCAACUCUCUGUUUGACUACCGUAGUCCAGAGAACAAUGGAGUAAAAGCUGAGUUCAUCCUAGAUUCUGCUAAUCACAAGGAGACCUACACAGAGAUAGCGGGCAUGCAGCGCUUUGGGGCUUUCUACAUGGAUUAUCUCUACACAAUGGAGAACAGCAGCUCCAAAGGUUCUCAGGACUUCUCUGUGUUGAAUACAGAGGAAUUAGUUCCUGCAGCUCAAGAGACCUCCAUGAAGAGGCUGGUGGUAGGACCUCUUGACAUCCGCCUCAACAGCAGUGCAGCCCACCGCAUCCUCAAGAUGAUCACUUGUGCCAUGGAUCACGAAUAUGAGCCUUAUUGCAAACCACAGCAAGAAAUGAUUGAGGCGUGCCAUGUUCCAGCUACUCCAGAGGAAAUAUCACGUUUAGAGGAGUUCAUCCCGACUAGACUCACUUCUGUCACUCUGCUCCAAGUCUCUGUUACUGUCUCCAUGGCAGAGUUCAACCUUCUUCACACACUAAUUCCUGUCAUCUUGAGAUAUAAGGCUACACCAAGACCGGUCUCUGUGCCUGUGUUUCAGCCACUGCACCCACUACCCUCCGUGCAGUUUCAGGUUGAAAGGGUAAAUUUUGACCACUCUGUCCCGAUGUAUGGUCCAGAGCUAGUCAGUACUGUCAGCAGCCUCAGCCAACCCCCAGACAACCUACUCCAUCACUGCUACGCACAUCUCUACCUCAAGGUUUUUGGGUUCCAGGCAGGCUUAACAUGCCAGGACCGCAUGGGGAACUUUCUGCCCCUGAUCUCCAUCAUCCCUUCUUUCAGCACAGCAAUCUAUGGAAAACUCAUACAGCUGCCCGCCUUUUGGUGCAAAAAGGCAUCAGUUCCUACAGCAGAGUGUAUUUUUGAGCUUCCCCACUUCACUGUUCAGGCCACGAGGCCUCAGACACUUUUGCUUCAAGCAAUCUGUCAGAGCUGGACCCACAGCAUGGUCAAUGGAUCCCCAGUGCCAAUUAGUGAAAGUCUGCACAAUGAGGUGUUUAAAGUUCCAGGUGUGAAAUAUCCAGGCCCGUCACCGAUUCUCGAGGGCUUGGUCCAAAAUCUGGAGCUGAAGUUCUGCAGCCGUGCGAUGGUGAAAUGUGCCUCGGGAACUGUGGGAGCUGUAAAAGUGUGCGCCAGGACCCCAGGUUCAGAGGAGAGCAUAAAAGAAAAGCUGGUUCCACUUAUUCAGGGCCCUUCUGACACCAAAGAACUUCAUAUGAGUCGCUGGCUUAAUGAGAUUCGCAAGCCUGAAUCUUUGUUGGCGCCGGACCUGCUAGCGUUUUCUGUUCAAGUGCCUCAGCAAGGAGAUGAUUGCAGGAACUCAGGUGCAAUCCUACUGGUCAGUGUCCAGGGAAUAGCUGUAAAUGUUGACCCAAUCAUCUGCACAUGGUUAUUGUAUCAGCCUCAUAGAGGGAGCAGCAGGAAGCAGCAACAGAAUUCAGGUCCAGUUCCUUUGGUCAAAAGAAGAGAAGAUGAGGUGUCAGUGGGGAGCGCACCACUGGCCAAACAGCCCUCUAAUCAGGCUUCAGACUACGCAAGCAGCCCUAUGAAGACCAAAACAGUGACAGAAUCACGUCCUAUGUCCAUCCCGAUGAAGGUGAUGCCAGACUUUGCAGUUGACGAGUCUUGGGCGACCAGCGAGGAGCGAAUGAAGGAGCUCUUCAGUCAUGCCUGGGAUGCUGUUAAGCGACUUACUCUUCAGGUAAUCCCCUAG